AUGCUCGCCGCCAUUCACAUCAAUGAGGAUCCGCACAAGCUCACACUCAAUGACCAUGCGCCUUCCCAUCCCCGGUUUCAGACACUAUGGGCCGAGAUGCGCGUUCUGCAGGCAUCGGGCGUCAAGGUGAUGGGCAUGCUUGGCGGCGCGGCAAAAGGAAGCUUUACGCGUCUCGAUGGUUCACAGGACCAGUUUGAGCGCUACUAUGCGCCUCUACAUGCCCUCAUCAAAGAACGGCAUCUAGAUGGAAUGGAUCUCGACGUCGAAGAGGAGAUGUCACUCAAUGGCAUCAUCCGGCUCAUCGACCGCCUCCGCGCCGACUUCGGAUCCAGCUUCAUCAUCACGCUGGCACCUGUCGCGACAGCCCUCGUGGAUUUCACCAAGAACAUCAGCGGCUUCAACUACGAGGAGCUCGAGGUCAUGCGAGGCAAGGAUAUUGCGUGGUACAAUACCCAGUGGUACUGUGGAUGGGGCGAUUUCAGCAAUCCUAUCUUGUUUGAGUGGACGGUCUUCAAAGGAUGGCCACUCGACAAGCUCGUCGUCGGCUUGGUCACCAGCCCUGCAAACGGGUCCGGGUUCAUCUCCAUGGACCUUGUCGGGCAGUCACUCACUCUGCUGACCGCGCGAUACGGCGGAUUUGGAGGUGUGAUGGGCUGGGAGUAUUUCAAUAGCUUACCAGGCGGUGAAGCCCGGCCCUGGGAGUGGGCGCAGGGCAUGACGCAGUUGAUGAGGAAGCAUUCUACUGGAACAACAGCGAAAAAGAAGGUCGUGGAGAUUGACGGGUCAUGGCAUGCCCACGUACCCAAGGACUUUGAGUAUUAUUCAGAUGAGAGCGAUGCUGAUAGCUGA